GCAGAGUGAGAAAUGAAGUGGUUGAUCGUGCUGAGUGUCUGCGUGGCGUCCGCCGUGGCGUCCGACUGGGAGAUCUUGCCCAAGUGCGAUGGCAAGGAUUGGCAGUACUUCGUGGAUCCGCAGAGCAACUGUCGCAGCUACUUCCGCUGCGAGAACGGACGUCCCGUGAGGCACAACUGCGACCACGGGCUGCUCUUCGACACCAACACGCUGUCCUGCAACUGGGAGCAGUCCGUGCACUGCGCCCACGUACCCAACUACCCCUCAAUCCCGGAGCCGCCGAUGAACCAGCCCGGACAACCCGGACACCAACCCUCGCCGGCUGGCUUCUGUCCGCCAAACGAGAAUCCGCAGACCCCCACGCACUUGGCGGACACGAGCGACUGCACCAAGUUCUUCAAGUGCCUCAACGGGCGCCCCAUUCCCCAGAACUGCCCCACAGGGACGCACUGGAACGACAACAUGAAGUACUGCGACUAUCCCAGCAAUGCGCAGUGCUGGAAGCGCAUCAAGACCAUCCGUUGAGUCCCUAAUGUAACCUUCUUCGCUGAAUAAAUCAGAGUUUUUCACCUAGCAAAGUUGUGUGUUUAUUGAAUCAGAACCCUUCGAGGCCCAGAACUGCUCCGGGAACGCAGACGCCAUUGGGAUCGCAGCGACGGGUCAUGUAGUCGAAGCGCGUGUUGGGCGGACACCACAUGUGCCACAUGUCGCCCUCGAUGCACAGGUAGAAGCGUUGGCAAUUGUGGUUGUCCGGCCAGGCCACCAUCACGCCCGGAAUGCAGUGCGGAGCAGCGGUCGGGGGCGUGUUU